AUGUUACUAUCUGGUGUUACGAAGUCACUCACCGAUCUAAUUGAGGACUCGAAUGGAAAUGGAGAGGAUGAAUAUACUGAAGAUGAUUUCUUCACUUCACAAGCCAAUAUCCAAAUGAUAAAAUCUGAUGAAUCUGUAGCGUCAAGCAACAAUCAAGUUGUCGAUAUGGACAUUGUUCAGCCACACAACAUGCUAAUGACAUUCCAAGAUCGGGUUCAACAAGAAAUAGAUCAGCCGAUACGACACAGUUGCAAGUUUCGAAUGGAAACGGGGCUUGAAUGCGAUUCGGCCGUUCUGGAGAGUGAAUGGUUGAAGCAUUGCUUUAUCCACAUGAAAGAACCAGUCUAUCGAUGUAUACGCACGUGUUCGAUGAAGAGCCACUCCAAAGAAGCGAUGCAGAAUCACAAGACCAGUGAGCACAAAGUUUUCACCAAGCCAGCUUUUAACAAUGAGUUCAAAGUGAUCAUGGAGAUGCAAAAAGUCGCAACAGAGGCAUUUCCGGAGUUGAAUGAUCAAAAAAAGAAGAGCAAUGUUCCGCAAAAUGUUGUGAAUCAAAAUGCAAGAUCGAUUCCUUCAAAUGGUGGAGAGGUCCCAGCGAAUCAUCGGAUGGAAAUGAAUCAUGGUCCUACUCAAAACGUCCGUCCUCCUGUGCCGGUUUCAAAAUCGAGUACAUCAGGCAUUCAACCCUCAAAUCAACCAGUUGAGAACAGAGAUAAUCGAUUUAAUGCCCAAAAGCCUACAGCUCCAUCAACCUCCGGACAACCACAACCACAUCAACACACAGAAGCGAGGUGGUCAAAUUCCGUUCACUAUCCAAGUCCAGGAGCAAUUCAGCCACCAAUCAUCCCGGAACCAAAAACAGAUUGGAAAUGCAAGAAAUGCUAUCACUAUACCGAAGCCACCCUCGAUUCAUGUUGGAAACACGCCAAGAUGCAUGUGAAGCAAAAGUACGAUGGUUGCUCGAAAAGGAGUUCACCGGAUUUGUAUCGUGAGCUUGAUAAACAAGAGUCACAAGAACUGCAAGAAGAUGUUGUUGCCCAAAUAUCAAUUGAGAAUCGAAAAACCGUUGCCCUAGAAGAGCCUCAAACCGUUUAUGAGCACGUCACUCCUCCACUCAUCGACAAUCUUCCAUCGCUCAAUGAAACAAAGACCAUCUCAGUUUCAGCUUUACCGGGUGUCAUAAUGGUUUGUCAAAUGUGCAUGAACGAGAUCUCUCUGGGUGAAGUGGGGGAAAAUAGUCGGUCGGCUUUUGAGCACGCUGCCACCCACGCUAACAAAAAUACGGUAAAGAUGCAUCUCGAUACAGAGUACGAGGGAAGCGAUUUCGACUCAAGUGUCAUCAAUUUACUUGACGCUAAGGGCCUUGACAAUCAGCAAUGCCCCAAAAGAGCGCAAACGAAGAAGAUGAGUUGUGGACAUGUGGGAUCAAUCAAAGAUUGCAUAGAAAAAAGCAUGGUGGAAGCUUGGCUCGAAAAGGCGAAUGCCUGCUUCCCGAAUAGGGCUGAAGCGUUUCAAAGCUUUGUUGAGAAAAAUUAUCGACGAUAUCUACAAGAAGAUGAACCGGGUUUUUUAAGAGACGAAGAGGUUGAGCAUGGCGGUGUUCGUGAUGAGGAAGUGGCACAGGAUGAUUUAUUUACUAAAGUAAUCAAAGAUGAGAAAGUCCACGGAAAACGCAAGAGACUCAAUGGAGCCGGACGCCAGUUGAACUCGGAGGAGAUUGAUAUCGAAAGUUGUUCACCCGCUUCCAAUGCAAAUGACGAUCAAGCGCUGUCUAGCCCGGCCUCUGAGCAAAAUAAUACUAAAAUUGCGCAAGAAAUUGACGAGCUACAAAAGCUACGAGAGGAAUUGGACACAAAGAAUCGAGGAAUCGCUGAAAAGAAAAAGGAAAGAAAACCAUUGCUAAUGCUGGAUCCAAAUGCGAUUAGCAAAGAGCAGAAGAUCGAUGAAUUGAAGAUGUUGGAAGCUGCAACUACUGAAAAUCUGAAUAUUCAAGAAGAGAGGAGAGCGCUGGAAGCGCUGGAAGCGCCGGAAGCGCCGGAAGCACAUCUUGCUGGAGCGCCGAAAGCACAUCUUGCUGGAGCGCCGGAAGCACAUCUUGUUAGAGCGCCGGAAGCGCAUCUUGCUGGAGCGCCGGAAGCACAUCUUGCUAGAGCGCCGGAAGCGCAUCUUGCUGGAGCGCCGGAAGCACAUCUUGCUAGAGCGCUGGAAGCGCGUCUUGCUGGAGCGCGGGAAGCGCAUCUUGCUCUUCAACAAGAACUGGCUAAGGAGGCUCAAGCGAGUACUCGGAACCUCAGCUUUGUUAUGCAAGAACUUACCGAUUCCGAUGAGAUGAUCUCACUUUGGAAGCAACUACUAGAGGCGGAUCCAACGGCGCAAAAUUCGACGACAAUUCUGCAACAAAAAGAGCAAGAGCUCAAAGAUCAAGCGUUAACUCUUGGAUAUAUGAUGAUUGCUUUGUUCAAAUUGAGGAAAAAGAACACCGAACCCAAGAAA